AUGAAACAACUGUCCCACCCAAAGCGAGCACGUGAGAAGGAGCAGAAGCAAGAUGUGGCCAUAACCUUAACCCCGCCCCCAAAUCUGCCCCUGACCCUGACCCUGACCCUGGCCUUGGCCCUGACCAUGAAGCAGUUGGCACCCUGCAAGCUGCACCGGUCCAGAUCCAACCUCUUCCUCCAGCAAACCAGGUACACAGUGGGCACCCUCUUCGCUCCAUACCUCCCGGCUGCGGGCCUGGAUCCCGGGAGGAGGAUGUGUUUCCUACACUCUGCUGAAAACAUGUCUCAACUCCUGGAGAGUAUCGCCACCAUCAUCGACGUCUUCUACCACUACACUCAGGGAGAUGGACACUGUGAAACGCUGAGCAAAAGGGAGCUGAAGGAACUUCUGAAGAAAGAGUUUCGCCCCAUUCUGAAGAAUCCCAAUGAUCCGGACAAGGUGGACGCCAUCAUGCAGAUGCUUGACCAGGACCACAACAGGAGAGUGAACUUCACCGAGUUCCUCCUGUUGGUCUUCAAGCUGACCCAGGCCUGCAACAAGAUGGUCAGCAAGGACUUCUGCUCAGCUUCAGGGUCAAAGCAGAAAUCCGGCCGGCAUCCCUGGGGGCAGGGGCACCCCAGCCAGCCUGAGGGGGAGGUCAGACUACCGGCCAUGGUGGACAUGGGUCCAUUUCAGGAGGUCAGUCAGGGAGCAGUGGAGGGAACAGAUCAGGGUCAAGAGGUGGUGCAACAAAGGAUGGACAAACUUUGGACAGCUAUGGACAACAAGAAACCAGCCACGACUACAGACAGCUAUGGACAGCAAGGAACCAGCUAUGUCAUGGACAAACUAGGGGCACCUAUGGACAGACAGGAACCAGACAAGGGCAGACAGGCUACAGUCAUGGACAGACUGGGUCCAGCCAUGGACAGACCGGGUCCAGCCAAGGACAGACUGGGGACAGCUAUAGACAGACAGGGUCCAAUCACGGACAAACCGGGUCCAGUCAUGGACAAACCGAGUCCAGCUAUGGACAGGCUACGGACAGCCAUGGACAGCAAGGAACCAGCCACGGCCAGACAGGCUACAGUCACGGUCAGACAGGCUACAGUUACGGACAGAACGGGUCCGGCCAUGGACAGACUAGGGAUAGCUACAGACAGGGAGGCUCCAGUCAUGGACAAACCGGAUCCAGCUAUGGACAGAAUACAGGAAGUUAUGGACAGCAAGGAACAAGCCACGGUCAGAAAGGCUACAGUCAGGGACAGACCGGGUCCAGCCAUGGACAAACUGGAUCCAGCUAUGGACAGACUACGGACAACUAUGGACAGACAGGGACGAGCCACGGACAGUCCAGCUACAGCACAGGAGAACGCGCUGGAAGACAUGGAUCAGACUAGGGGCAACUAUGGACAGCAAGGAAACAGCCAUGGUCAGUCAGGGUCCAACCGCGGACAGACUACAGACAGCUAUGGGCAGCAAGGAACUAGCCAUGACUACAGACAGCUAUGGGCAGCAAGGAACUAG